AAUAGACGGGAGGCUCGUUGCGGCGGCGGAAGCAGCGGCGCUGGAGUGAGGGGUAGGGGGCAGAGUGCUAGCUCCCCGGCGGUGGCUGCGGGUCCGGAACCUGGGGACGUCGGCCCCGCAGACAGAGAGCGCGCGGGAGCGAGCUGAAGGCGGCGCGGCGGCCACUCGGCGCAGCACCCAGGUGGAAAUGAGUUCUCAACAGUUUCCUCGAUUAGGAGCCCCUUCUACUGGGCUGAGCCAGGCCCCUUCUCAGAUUGCAAACAGUGGUACUGCUGGAUUGAUAAGCCCAGCGGCUACAGUCAAUGAUGAAUCUGGUCGAGAUUCUGAAGUCAGUGCCAGGGAGCACAUGAGUUCCAGCAGCUCCCUCCAGUCCCGAGAGGAGAAGCAAGAGCCUGUUGUGGUAAGGCCCUAUCCACAGGUGCAGAUGUUGUCUACACACCAUGCUGUCGCAUCAGCCACACCUGUUGCAGUGACAGCCCCGCCAGCACACCUGACGCCAGCAGUGCCACUUUCAUUUUCGGAGGGACUUAUGAAGGUUCGAUUUGUGUACUCUUAA